AUGAAUACAUUAGAAAAACGUAGUCGAUUUCUUGACACAAUCAGCUUUGAAUUUGAAACAGCACGUAGUUUUCUUCGUCGUGGUCCUCGUCAUAUCCGUGAUGUUAUGCAGUAUAGUGGACCUGUUGAUCCUCGUGCAAUAUUUUAUAUUAUUGGUGCUAUUGUUUGUGCUCUUCUUUUUCUUUAUUACGUUGUCAGUCCAUCUCGAACAAACGAAGAAUAUCGUCUACAAAAAGAACUUGAAAAAUUACGAAAAGCUGGUUCAACACCAGCUGAAGUUGAUGAAGAAAGAAAAUAUACGACUGAUGUGCCAUGGUAUGUUACAUAUGAUACUCUUAAUGAAUGGUAUGCUCAUGGUCAUACAGAUAAAAUUGUAACACGUUCUCGUCUAGGUGCUUGUGAAAAUUGUGGUGCAAUGACUUAUAAACGUAAAGAUUGUGUUAAACGUCCACCUCGUUUAGGUGCAUAUAAAUUGGCAUCAACAAAAAGUUCAAGAUGA